AAAGCUGUCCCACCGUUGGCGCCCGUCGCACGCACGAGACCGCUCCUCCCGCUGCAACGCGUGUCGGCCGCAAGUCGCAACAGUUUUCCGCUCGACGCCGUCGCGACCGCAUUCUCUCGGUGCAACAAUACAAUACGCGCGUGUAUCGCAUUCGAUUUACAACAACAACAAUUCUCCAAAAACUCACAUCGCGCGUGACAAUAUACUGCAGGUGUCCGGGAGCAGUGAGUUUCCGAAAAAAAUAAAACACCCGCCGCUCCGAAGACAGUGUGCCAGCGUCACUGCUGCUGCUCUCAUAUCGUACAUGACACCGCAUCAGACAAGGACCUAGAACCAUGUAUAGCAGACCAAAUCAAAAUCAAGGCGAAGCGAGACUCGAACUGUUACUGGACGAUUUGCAAUCCACUCUUCCGCGUAAAAACCAUGGACUCAGUAACACAUCGUCAACUGGGUACAGAGAAGUAACUAAAAGCACAUCAAGGACGAUUGGUAACGGUCAAACAGAGACUAACAAGGAAUAUGAAAUUCAAUAUCUCAAUCCAGCCAACAAAUCCACAAUGCUCAGUGAAAGAUUACCCGAUCUUCAAUCGGUUGACUUGCUGCGACAGACCAACAAUGGAAAAAAUUCAGGUUAUGAAACGGUUUCGUCGUACCAAUAUAAUAAAUCAACAGAAAGCAAAGGUACGGUUCCCAGACAAGAAACGAAUGGUGUUAAUAUGAGACAAAGUAUUUCUGAACUCGAUUCGCUAUUAGACGAUUUGAAUCAUGCUCAGAGAGUUGGAUUUUCAAACUCUGGAGUUACUAGACAUGAAAUAACAACUAAUGAGUCCGGCAUUGAACCAUUAAGGAGCAGUACGCCAUACAAACAGCAAUAUAGUAAACACGAAGAACAUAGAUAUGGAAGUCUUAACCGAUCUAAAAUUCCAGGGACCAGUGAAGUGGUUUCCACCUACGAAACGUCGACAACAAACGGAGAACCUUUAGAUUUAGAUUUGACCGACGCUCCGCGUAGUUAUACUAAGUUGCUUCAAAACCAAUCUCCGGGAACUUAUCAGACCUCGGUUUAUUCAAAAGAAACUACGAAAAAAAUAAUACCGGGUACCACAACUUAUUCGACGUAUCAAAAAUUCGGUUCACCUACAACAGACCCAGGUCAAUCUAAAGUGUACAACUAUUCAGAAGAGUAUCGUACUGAUAGUAGGAAUCGUUCGUUGAGAGAUUUGCCACCGUCUCCUCGUCCUCAUAGAUCUUCAUCUCCGCGUUCACCGUCACCACAUCGUUCACCAUCGCCCAUGUCGUUUCCUCAACCACCAGAACCUAGAAACUACUCAAGUAGUCAUACUUAUACGAACAGGACAACGUCACCUCAGUCGGUCCAGAAGUUUAGUCCAUCCGAUCCAAGCAGAAUCAACGAAGAGGUGACCUGGGUCGCUCAUGCCACGCCCCCUGUAACCCGUCGUUUCCCCGUGAGCGUGGAUAAUAACUUAACUUCGUCGCCUGGUCAGACGGUUUACUCGUAUAAAUAUUCGAGCGAGACCAGAGAGAACACAAAAUAUGGACAGCCAAAUGGGUACACAAAACCUACACAUCAAGAACAGUUGCCACUACGCCAUUCGCCGUUCCCAAGAGAUGAGGCUGACACACCUGGGCUCCAAAAUCCACCGAAACGGUUGGACGACUUGAUGGCAUCGUUUGGUGACAGAACAGAUUACACAAACUACCACAGUAAUAGAGAAUACCACUCGAACGUCAAGGAUUACCAGUCCAAGUCUAAAGAAUACGAACACGACAAGGCAGCAGAAUACACUAUUCCGAUUAAGAAGCCACAUCCCGAUAAUCUAGCUCCUGAAAAUAAAGGUCCCGAGAAAUUAACUGAAGUUAAAGAAACUGAAGUGACUCAGUCGGUCGCCGGGCCGCCAGUUUUUUAUCCCCCUGGGUCAACAACGUUUGUGAAGAAGGAAGACGUAAUGCAACAGGGUCAAUUUGGUCAGGGACAAAUGAAGGCUAAGGCCAAAGGAAUGUACAAGUACAAAAGCAAGAGCAAAUCAAAGGAAAAACAAAGUUCUGGAGCAACAAUGGUGCCAGUAUGCUUGCCAAUGUGCUGUGCCAUGCCAUGUGUCAUCAUGUAACCUAAGACAUUAUAUUUAUAUAACUUUACUAAUUUAUAAUUAUUUACAAGACAUAAAUAAUAAAAAGGAAAAAUCUUAUGGUGGCCUAUUAAACUUAGCAUCCUAAAAGUAAAAUUACUUAAAAUUACUUAAAUACACAUGUUAUUUUAUUUAAAUAGGUCAUAAUAAAAACAUUUUCAACUUUGAAAAGAAAUAUUUAUACAUGAUAUACAUUACAAUAUUACCAUCAGUAUGAUGGUUAUUCUUACUAGUUACUACAACAUUGUAAUUUUAAAUGUUGUCUUAAUAAUAUAUUAUCACUCGGAUACCUAAAAUUUUACUACAUUUUUAUUUUAUACCGAAUAAAUAUCAGAAUAUUACUCAUGUAUUAAUUGUUAUAAAUAUCAAUUUACCUGUAUGUUGUAAACUUAAAACACUUUUAACAUACAACUAACCUUGCUGUAAGCUUAUUCAUUACUUGUAUUUGAUUAUUAUUAAUGUAUAUUCUUAGAUACAAACGAUUAUUAAUUUAUAUAAUUAUGUGUGUAUGUAUAAAUUGAAUACAAUUUACAUGGUUAUCUUAUUAAUUGGUCUAAUAAAAAUAACAGAUGUAAAUUCUACAAGAUAAAAUUCACAAUUUUACAUUUAAUUAUUUUGAUUAAAAAUGUAAUAAAUAGUAUUACUAUUGAUAAAUAACAUACAAUUAUUUUAUAAAGUACUGUUAUUGGCGUCAUAUGACUUACAAGGUACUUAAGUUCUAGGACCACAAGUUUAGUAGUUCCGUGUCAAGUGGUCUGGUGUAAAUGGUGUAAUAUUUGUAGGCUUGUAGGGAUCUAUUAAUUAUUAGGCAUAUAAAAAACGUUCAACCACUACAGAGUUGAAUAAAACACAGAGCCAAAUCACAGUUACAUAUCAGUAUUCUAACAAACUACCAACAGUUACAUGCUG